ACGCACACGCUGCGCGGGACCCGGGUCAAAGCGUCCAAUGGGGACAACUACAUCAUCCUGUCGCCCAUCAACCCCGGGAGCCAGAUAUUACGGCCCGUUUACCCUGACGGCCAUGGCACAUUAGGCAGGGUGCUCUCUUCCCAGCAGGCCAGCGGCCCUCAUAUGGGUGGUGUAGGUGGCGUAGGUGGCAUGGGUGGUUUAGGUGGCGUAGGUGCGUAGGUGGCAUGGGUGGUUUAGGUGGCGUGGGUGGCAUAGGGGGUGCAGCGCCCCCCACCUCGGGCCUGACAGGCAGGACCAACUUCCUGCGGCGCUCCACCAACAGCAAGACGUCCAAGUCUGUGCCCACAGGUGCCAAUCACCAGCCGCAGAGCUCGCAGAACUAUGCCAACUACCAGAACUGCACCAUUGUGCGCUCGCACCUGCCCACCUCCCAUGCCAACUAUGGCACCUAUGUCAAGGUGCCACCCAAGAUCCUCAUCUUCCCCAUCUUUGUACAGCCAAUCGACCUGUGUAACCCCAACCGGACCCUUGUAGUGUCAGAGGAGAUGAUUCUGCAUGAGAGCAAGCACCACUCCCUCAAGGUGACUGUGUUCAUAUACACAGACCUGAUGCUGGUGACUAGAGAGGACGAUCCCGGCCGGUGUAACGUUCUCCAGAACCCUCUCUACCUGAAGCAGCUACGCCUCCAGGAGGAUCACAGUGAGGAGCUGAAGUUCUAUCUCAUUCACAUGACGGAGAAGUGUGAUUGUCUGCUGAGUCUGGAGGCUCACUCUGUGGAGCAGAGGAGGCGAGUGUGCCAGUGUCUGAGGGACAACAUUGAGCAGCAGCUUCAGCAGCAGCGAAGAGACAACUUCGCCACCAUGGAACAGAUGCUGGAGCCCAAACUUGAUGACCCGUGCUAUGUCGGGGCCCCCCCACGAGCCAGUGACGAUGAGCCCUCCCUGAGCAGCCCCUCAGAGCCCCCUGCCCCGGGCAGCCCCCAGGCCAGCGACCUGACCUCCCUGGGGGGGUCGUCCUGCACCCCCCUGGACGAGAGCCUGAAGGUGCCCCCCACCCCCCCUCCCUCCACCGAGGGCGAGGAUGGCCGGAGUGCAGAGGGCGACCAGGAGAGCUGCCUGGACACGAGGGAGGAGGAGAAGGAGGAGGAAGAGGAGGAGGGCUUCAGCACCGCGGAGACGGAGCAGCUCGAGACGGGCGACGAGGACUCGGUCGCCAGGGCGACGGGAGGCGGAGGCGGAGGGGAUGGGGACAUGGCCACUCUGGUGGCCGGUGGAGAUCUUGAGGACAACGGCUCGGAGGCGCCCGACACGAACGCGCCGCCAUCGUCCUCCUCAUCGUCCUUCGUCAUCCCAGAGCUGCGCCUGGACCGCUCCUUCAGCGCGGACGCCCUGACGGUCACAGACGAAGAGUAUGACGAAGACGAGGACGAUGAGGAUGAGGAAGAGGACGAUAGCGACGACGCCUACCUGGAGCGCAGCGACAGCAAGCGCCGCAGCAUGGCGGAGCCGUCGUCCACGUGUGAGAAGCACGGCAGCGGAGCGGGCGGCCUGAGCGUCCAGAACUCCCUGCGACGCCGGACGCACAGCGAGGGCAGUCUGCUGCAGGACCCCCGCGCACCCUGCUUCACCUCCGACAACGCCAUCAACUGCCUGGACACGGCCGGCGGCGGCGCAUGCAAGGGGGGGUGGACACUGCCCUCACCCAAGACCCUCAAGAAGGAGCUGACCAAGAACGGAGGCUCCAUGCACCAGAUCUGCAUGCUCUUCUCCGGCCGGAAGCUCAGCGCCUCUUCUGGAUCUCACUGCAGCUGCGACGUCGACCCCGGACAGGGGAACAAGAAGAAGAAGCCCAAGAACCUGGCCAAAGAUAUGAAGAAUCGAUUGGCAUUCCUGAGGCGGAGGAAUGAAUCGCCAGGAAGCACUCCAGCGGGUAAGCUGGACAAGACCAUGAAGGCCGGGGUCAAGCCCACCCCUGACGAAGCCAUGAAGUGGGGAGAGUCCCUGGACAAGCUACUCGUCCACAAAUAUGGACUGGCCGCCUUCAGAGCGUUCCUACGCACGGAGUUCAGCGAGGAGAAUCUGGAAUUCUGGUUGGCAUGUGAGGAUUACAAGAAGGUGAAAUCCCAAUCUAAGAUGGCAUCCAAAGCCAAAAAGAUAUUUGCUGAAUACAUCGCCAUCCAGUCAUGCAAAGAGGUGAACCUGGACUCGUACACCAGGGAGCACACCAAGGAGAACCUGCAGAACAUCACACGUUCCUGCUUCGAGCUGGCGCAGCGCCGGAUAUUCGGCCUCAUGGAGAAGGACUCCUACCCACGCUUCCUGCGCUCCGAGCUCUACCUGGACUUGGUCAACCAGAAGAAGGCCAGCAGCGCAUCCACUACCUCCUCGUCCUCGUAGAGCCGACGAGAGAGCGGACGAGGAAACACACAACGGGAGCGGGAACUCUCCCAGAGAGAGAGAGAGAGAGAGGGAGGAAGAAAGAAAGGAAUGGGAGGAGAAGGGGAGGAGGCUUUCUUCCUUUUUAAAGUUUCCGCUUCUUUGUCAACUUCUCAUCAUCAUCAUCUUCAUCAUCAUCGUCAUUGCAUCCCAUCUGAGAUGUUGAGUGACAGGGGACUAACGAGGUGAUGGAGUGGUGGAUGGAGGGAAGAGGAGAGGAGAGGAGAGGAGGCGGUGCUGUUUACAAACGUGGACUGGAGGAUGGAGAGGAAGAGCACAGGUCUGAUGGAGACACGUUGCCAUAGUGACUGACAUGAACAUUAUUGCUCUUUUCACUUUUUUACAUUUAUUUAAGUUCCCGGACACGCUGGAGUGGGAGCUGAGGAGUGGGGAGAGGGAUGAUACACUCCUGAAGACCAGAGAGACAGUCCGCCACUGUUUGCUUCUACUUCUGAUUGUUUGUUGGUUUGUUUGUCUUUGUUGUUUAUUUGUUUGUUUGGUUUGGUUUGUUGGUGUUGUUUCUCUGGGCCUUCUCCGCUGCCUCUCCUGCAAACAGCCUGAGGAGGCGCCGUUGGGACGACGCAGAGACCACCACUCAACUCGCCCCUCACUACACACACACACACACACACACACAACAAACGCUUUCCUGACUGUGUAAAUGGCGUCUGGUCUGCCCUGGCAGAAGAGAGGAGACAGACACGCAGCCUUCUGACGUGACGUGAGCUCAACUCAAAAACAAACAAAGAAAAACAAAACAAGAGCAAAGCCCACACAGCUUCCCCCCCCCCCCCAUUCUCUCCACCUCCCAAGAUGCACUUGUGUUCCCAAGCACAGCACUCCCUCCGCAAGCGUAGCUGCAGCCACGGCCCUCUCUCAGUGUGGGGGGGUGUAGCUGGUCAUUCCUGACUAGACUAAUGAUGGUCGGAGCUCAGAGAGAAAGAAUAAAAAAACGGAUGGAAGGACCAAACUGUGUGACGGAGGAGUGC